UCAGGGACAGAUGCGCCAGCCGAGAAAACUCAGAAGAGUCAGACUUCACAAAACACACACGGGCUGUUGGAGUGGUACUUUCUUGGAGCGGAGUGAGCCCUUGACAAUUGCACACCAACACAUGGAGUUUAUUUAUAUUGCAUGAGACCGCUGUUGAAAUAUGAAGGCUGGAUGUCGAAGCAGAAGAGCAACCCAAAUCUAUUUGGACUGAAUUAUGAGGCAACAAGAGCAUUGUCACAUAGUAAAGAAAGAAUUGUGGUCAGGUUAUAGCACACGCUCUCCACGUUUGUUUUUAUUAUUAUUAUUUUGCCUCAGAUUUAAUGACAAAUAACACAAUCCAAAUCGAAAAACGAAGUUUUUAUGUUUGAAGGAGGCUUUGGGGAGUUUUGGAUAAACAAACUUUCCAUACACUCUUCAUGGGGAUAAAUGCCGUCAUUAAUUCUGGGCUUUGAAAACGCAUUUGUAGAGUUCUCAGGUUGUGAAGCAGCCCAACUAUUGGCUUAAUUCUGGCCCUUUUUUUCAUAUCAGGAAAAGGUUUUAUAAUCAGAUGAGGCAGAGACUGAGCUGUCCGGUCUUAAUUAUAAGAAGGGUCUUUGGAGAAUUCAGGAUGAGGCUUGUAAACCUCUGGACUGGUAAAAGAACAAUUCACAAUCAUUAUUAAAGGCCUAUCAUUAAUAUUACAUGCAGGACAGUGACGAUUGUAUGUAAACGUCUGACCAGAGCCGUUGGAGAGCAGCAGAUACAGGACAGACAAGUUAUUCUCAAUGCGCUUCUUCAUUUUUCGCUAAUCUAGUCAGGACCGAAAAGUUUUCACUGCGAUUUUGAGUCUCACACUCAGGAAGAUGAUGUGAAAAAAAAUCUAGUGAUACAUGAGAUAAAUUUGGAUCAUAAUUUCUCGCUAUAAGGUCUGAAAAUCAGUCGGGUGUGUGCCCCCAGUUCUAGAAAUUGAGGUUGAGUCCUAAUGAAACGCUGAAAGCAGCAACCCCCUUCCGCCUGGUUUGUGUUCUGACACUCCGUCUGUCUUUCCAUCCCUGUUUUUGGCUCUGAUACCAGACGUCAUCCAUUCUCCGCCUGCUUUCCGUGUCAUCAAAAACAGCUACCAAAAAAAAAAAAGGCAGCUGUGCCAAAACAAAAUGCUGAAUGUGGUGCAACAUACAAUUGAUCUGGUCGCCGUGUUGUUUUGUUAUCUUUUAGGGUUUAGCAUGUUUUGUACUGUUGCUCUCCUGCCAUCCCAUUCAUGCUGUCUGAAUUUUUUCACAUUUUCUCAUGUUACCAAACAUUAAGGAAAAGAAAAUGAUAGAUGGUUGUAGUUUAACAAAAAAAAACUUGUGAAAGGUGUGACAUGCAUUUAAAGUCUACUUUAUCAGGCUGUAAUACAACAGAUUGUCUUCAGUCAGAGGCUUCUUCCGAUCUGCUGUAAUACAGACUGCUUCAAGAGAUCCUUCCUGCCCACAGCCAUCAUCAUCUACAAUAAAUCUCUGGAGAAACAUAGAUAAUAUGAGUCAUAACAUUCAUUUUUCUUUUGAAAUUAAUUAUUUUAUUUAUAUUAAUUGACACUGUAUUUUACUUAGUGGUAUCAGACUGAAUGGGCUAAAAGCAAAUGUCUGACGCCUUUUUCAGAUUUUUUUUAUACAUUGCUGUCUUCUUAACUCAAACUCGGCUACCAGAUGCUUGGUGCGGGUCUAUCCCAUAAAAUCAAAAUAAUUUAGCUUGACAAAAUGUUAAAAAGUUCAAUGGUUCUGUAGUUAUAGCUGUGCCUCCUGGGGAGACAAACUUAAAGGGCGAAAUGUCAGUUUAGUGCAGAUGAAAAAGUGCAGAGAAUGAUUUAAAAAAAAAAAAUACUGCCCUUUCUAUUUACCUUGUGCAGCCUGGGUAGUGCUUUAUCAAUGAGUUCAACAGGGUUUUGUAUAGCGUUAUUAUUUCUAAGAUAGUCAGAUUUCAUAGUUUAUAAGAUGUGAUCCAGAAGGACUGGUUCUUUUUAUGAACCUGAAAUAUUUUUUUUUAACUUUGAAGGAAGAAUGUAAGUCUCUGCCAGGGAAUCGAUUUCGAAAGGUUUAAAGGUCAGUUGACGGACUCCUAUUGCAAGCUUCUCUCUGAAUUUUAAGGAAGUUUUAUUAUUAUUAAAAAAAAAGAAAGGUUAACCAUCUUUAUGCUCCUAAGCUUUGGGUUUCUAUGAACACCAAAUUUGGAGUUAUUCAUGCCUAUCCUUUUAACGAUCUGCUUUUGUUUCCUUGCUCUUUCACGUGGAAUUCACAAAAGAAAGCUGAAAAUUGAUGGCCGAGUUGUGUCACUGCACCUGUAAAUCUGUAAAUGUCGCAGCGCUGAAUCUACACUCAAGGAUUAAUGACAUCAAUUUAAGAAGAAAAGACAGGAUUUAUCUUUGUGCUUGUCAAACAUUUGUCAGUAAAAAAAAAAGCUUUUAGUUGAGCUUUAUCCCAGGGACAUGACACAUUUUCUACAUCUGGAGUGUUAAGAAGUGUCAAAUAAAGUUACACUGUAAUAAUAGAGUUCACAACGUACACUCGCAUUAUAUCCCUGCACAUUCCUUUUGUGUAGUUUUUAGUAGUCCUAUAGGUUUGGGUUGAAUCCUCUCUCAGGGAGUUUGUUUUGUGUUCACUGGACCCAGAUCCCAACCCGGACAUUAGCUGUGCCAAAGAAAUUGCUGAACAGCACCGUGGACUCUGAAUGCUUCCUGGUAGGCUUGCCAGCUGCUGCCGCGCUAAACAUAUUGGAUUCCAGGAAGCAAAGUGCACUGCAGCUUCAAAAGGAGAUCAGAGUUGUGUUUUAGUGUUGCCAACGCUGACUCUCUCUCCCAGCCUGACUCAGCUGGAUUGUGAACUCUUUGUUGGGGGUGAGAGGGAUGAAAUCCAUGAUUGAAAAGCAGAAUAAUAAAAGCAGGCAUACGUGUUCGCAAGACAUAAAUUGGAAACUGUACAACCCUCAUUCCCAUGUACCUUAAUAACAAUCACACUGCUCCACUAGUUCUGCACUGUCAUGUUUCACAGCUGCUUUUAAAGAUAUUAUUUAUAAUGAACAUGUGCAUCUAAAACUGUCCCCCAUUAGAUAAACAUUAUUGUAAUUUUCUAGAUUCUUUCUGCAGAGUCAAUGACAUUGUUUUAUUUUGUUGUUGUUUUUUUCAGUGCCAUUUUACCAGAAGGUUGUCCUUUACAGCGCCUUACAAAAGUUCCCUUACCAAAUUUUUACAAUGUAUUUUACUGGGAAUUCCUGUGAAGACAUCUUCAUAAAAUCUUAAAUGAAAUACACAAAGGUAUAGAGUAGCAUGAGAAAAAAGUUUGAGAGGUAUGAAAACUUUUGCAACAGACCUUAUUUUGACUUUCCCCACCUUUUGAAAUUAUAAUUGUGCUAACUUGGCUUGUUACCAGAAAGUUUUCUGUAAAAUGGACGUGAAAUUUGAGGAACAAAACCUACUUCCUUGGAUAAUAUUUCUCUACGUGAUUGAUAUUGCAUUUUAUGAUAACGUUUUUCCUUUGUUUUGUCAUAGUUGAUACAAAUGAAUCAGGUUAUGUGAUAGCAGGGCUGCUGAGAUGCAUGUGUAUAUAUUUUCCCAGUAAAACUACAAUGUCUGGCAUAAACGUCGCCAUGGCUGGAGAUCAGAUUUUGAAGAUGUGUUUUAGAGAUCGGAAGAGCUCACACGGGGAGGACUUGGUCCCGUUGGUCCAAAAUGGGGAAAACCUGACAGACUGGGGUCACACCACAUCCCAUUCGGAGGAUCAGUGGUCGCACACAUCAGGGUGUCAGCCUGACAACUGGGCCAUGUCCACCACUUGGGACAUGCAGCUAGACAGCACAGAGAGAGGACACCUCACUGCAGGUUUUCUAGACUCUCAGCCUCUGAGGGAGGCUGAUGAGGAUUUGGCGUCAGAAGUCAGCCUGAACAACUCCAACAUGACCGAGGAGGAGCGAGAAGAGAUUCUGCAGGAGCUGACUAAACUGGAAGAAGAGAUCAGCACACUGAAGCAGGUCUUGCUGUCCAAGGAGAAGCAGCACGCGGAGCUCAAGCAGAAGCUGGGCGUCACUCCUCUCAGCGAGUUCAGGAACAACUUCAGCAGAGGCUGGCACGACAUGCAGAGCUCUACGGCAUACAAGAAGACAUCAGAGACGCUGUCCACCGCAGGACAGAAAACCUCAGCUGCCUUCAGUAACUUUGGGAGCGCCAUCACCAGGAAGUUUGGAGACAUGAGAAACUCACCCAGCUUCAGAUCCUUUGAAGAGAAAGUCGAAAAUACAGUUUCCACCAUUAAGACUAAAGUUGGAGGCACUGGGACCGGAGGCAGCUUCGAGGAAGUCCUCUCGUCUGCAGCCAACGCCAGCUCUCAGGAGACGCCCACCAACAACCUGACGGAUAUCUCCGAGAAACCCUGUUAGGACUCGGGAUCGCCGUCUUGCUGUAUCACAGCACAUUGUUGUGGAUCUACUAGAAUUUCUGACCAAAGCGGUGUUUUGAUUUGCAGACAAAUCUUGUGUAAAUUCUGUGACUCCGACAAAACUCCUGGCAACGCCACAUUGUUUAGGCUUGGCUAAAAUACCUUUGUUUUUAAUUUCGAUAAUCAGGAAGGCUGAUUUUUAAAAGCAUUUGAAAUCUCAUAAGGUAAACGGUGAACUUUUAAUAUUGAUCAUAGUCCAUUUUUCAGCUCUUGCUCUGAAAAAAUUGUUUGGCUAAAAUUGAUCACAGGUCAGUCUGACACUAUUAAACUAUUACACUAUUAAAACUGCUCCAUCUUCAGUCUGCUGCACUAUAAAUAAUUCUUCACGUUUUAGUUCAACAAUUUUAUCCACAAAACCAGGGUGAAACUUUCAGUCACAGAUGUUACACUACCAAACCUCCAGAAGGUCAGUAAGAAGUAAAAUGUCUUGCAUGUUACAGUGUCCCAUUAACUUUGUUACACAUUAAUUAAACACCGAAAAAAUAUCUGUGUAUGUGUGUCAUGUGGGUGUGUCAUACGGCUACGAUUUCUCAAAAAACAGAUUUACUAAACAGUGACUGUAAAGCACGCCGUAUUUCUUUUUUUGUUGUUGUUCUUGGAAUCUGUGUGGGCUCUGUAACUUUGCCAUGAAAAUAACUUUAUUACUUCAUAGAUUUUAAAUGUUUUCAGACAAUGAAGGAUUUCUUUCCUACCCCAGAGUUCAACUUUUUUUUUUUUAUGGAACUCUCAUCCGGAUUCAGGUUCUAAAAGAGUCAUUUGUCGAGUCUGAGGUAAUGUUUUGUGUUAAUGGAAAAUACAAAGGGUACAAUUUGCAUUUAUGUAAUAAAUACAGCCAUAAAAGACUCCAUAAUCACAUGUCUACAUAAACGGUUAACAGUUGUUAACCCAAAGAAAACGUAAAAAGAGCGACACUGAAUGUACAAGCCUGAUUUAACUUGGCAAAUAUGAAAUUAAUGCAAAAUUUACUGAAGUAUCCUGAAGCAUGUAAAAAAAAAAAAAAAAAAAAAAUUCACAAAUUCAUUUUGUAUGCUGUUCUGUUCCUCCCAGGCAUAUUCUGCAUGAAAACUCCAUAUUAUGGAAGAAACCGUUGGUGGUAUGACAUUUACUUUCUUUUUAUAGAUAACUUUUGUGACGUUGGAUUUACCUGUUAUGUAUCAUGUUUAAAUAUUUAAAGCUCAUCAAUAAACCUUUCAGUUG